AUGCUACGCGUCUAUCGAGCGUCGGGCGAUUUGCUUGCUGAGUUCACACAGGAGGAUUUACAAAAGUUGGCCAAUGCAGACAAAUGCCCCGGAUAUGUGUUAAAGAGGCAUUUGCAAACGCUUUGCGGGCAGUUGAGAUUCAAGCAACGAUUGCUGAAGGAGGGUUCCGCUGUACAAAGCGAUGACGCGUUCCUGGAGCCUCCUCUCGAUUUGACCCUGGUGCUCGUACCUUUCGCGACCGCGAGCACGGCCCAGAUCGAUGAGCUCAUCCAAGCUGCUCGGAAGGGUAAUAUCUCGGUGGUCGAGGACUGCUUAAACCGACCUCAAGAACCUGAUCCACCGGGGCAGAAAGCUUCAGCACUGCAUCAAGCUGUUGAACACGGCCAUGUCGAUGUCGCCCGUUUGCUACUGGAGGCCGGUGCAAACAAGGAUCGGACCACGAAAGACAACAACACCCCUUUGUGCCUUGCAGCUGCACUUGAGCAUGCGGGGCAGGUGGAGUGCGCACAGCUGCUGCUGGAAUCACGUGCAGACGUUAAUAUUGCGAAUCGCGGUGGCAGAAGCCCCCUCUUGCAAGCUCUAUCCUGCACAACUGCAGGAUCUGAGGCAGAGGUGGCUAGAUGCGCCAAGGUUGCCGAUCUUUUGUUGAAGGCCCGUGCAAGCGUGGAGAAGACGGACAAUAUGGGCAAGCCGGCCCUGGUCUACGCAUGCGAGAGGGGUUGCACAGAUCUGGUGAAGAUGCUUCUUGAGGCAGGUGCGGAGGUGAAUCAGUCGUGCAAGCAAGAGCUCGGGGAUACUUCAAGGGGCUCGGGUGCCCUUCAUCGAGCUGCUGCGCGGGGUCGUCCAGACGUUGCCCGCAUAUUGCUCGCCGCCCGGGCGGAUGUGGACAAGGUCGACGCAAACGGGUGGACGCCUCUCUUCAAAGCUGUUCGCCAUGCGCACCCGGAAAUGGUGCAGCUAUUGUUGGACGAAGGUGCAAACAAGCUCAAGAAAGAUGCAAGCGGGGAAAGCCCAGCUUCUAUUGCCAAGGUUUUCGGAAAUGAGGACAUCGUGCGCCUCUUGAACAAGAAGAAGCUUCAGAAGAAGGAGCCUACUCAGCCCAGCAAACGGCCACGUCCGGCUCGCAAAUAG